UUGCUGUCACUGCUGAAGGCAGACAAGAUGCUACCUGCAGUUGUUAAGCUCUGCUGUGGAAUCUCCUAUCCUCACCUUAGGAGUAUGGCAGGGCUUCAGCGCAGAGCAGUGGCGGUCAUAGGUCAGGAGCUCACUCACCUACAGCGACUGGGACAGGUGCAGAGUCCCGUGGAAACACCUGCAGUUUGGAGCUAUAAUGAGCCCAAAAAAGAAGUGACAAAGCCUGAGCCAGGAAACGAAGAUCAGCUGUUCUAUGUGCAACGCGGCAGAGAAGCAAUGCGAAAGGCUCUUGGCAUUUUGGAGAUCAACGAGGGAUGGCAGGUUGAGAUGAAAGAGAAAAAUGGGGAUGUAAUCUCCAGUAUGGUGAUUCCGGGAGCUGGGAAAGUCUUCAGGCUGGAGGCAAUUUUGGAGGCCAGUGUGGAUGAGCUUUAUGACCUGUUGUUUGUUCGAGUUGAGGAGAUGCAUCUGUGGAACCCAAGCAUACAGCAAGUCAAAGUUCUAAAACAUGUUGGACCAGAAACUAUUGUGACUCACGAGGUUUCUGCUGAAACAGCAGGGAAUCUGAUUGGUCAAAGGGAUUUCCUGAGCCUCAGACACAGCUGCAAACGAAAAUCGGAAGUUUACCUGGGAGGAACAGCAAUUGAGCUGGAGUCAUUUCCACCUCAGGCAGGCUGUGUGAGAGCUGAGGAUGGACCCACCUGCAUUGUCAUUAAAGCUCUGGACAGGGACACGACAAAAAGCAGCUUCACAUGGCUUCUAAAUAUUGACGUCAAGGGAUGGCUGCCCAAGUCCAUUGUCAAUCAGGCAUUGCCUCGAGCACAGCUGGAGUUCACCAGGCACCUUCGCAGACGUCUCAGCCUGAGAUGACCACGCCAGCAUGACAGCUACAGUGCAGCAGAACCUUGUCUUUGCAUACAGAGCGAACAGAGAAAUGGGGACAUAAUGACUGACUGGACACUCUGCAGGAACCUUCCAGAGAAUUAGAAGCUCAGCUUAGAGAGCAGCUGGCACAGACCAGUCCCUGCCUGACAGAAGGAAACUGGUUUUCAAUAGGAAUUUAUGUCACAUUGUGCCACUUCAACCUAGGUUUCCUGUUUAGGAGACAUCUCUUUGUCUCUUUAUACAUGAUGCCCUGCAUUUUACUUUGAAAAAUACUUUUUGUUGUUGUUUUAUUAUGCAUGUAUAACUGAUCUUCU